AUGGACACCAAAGACCACAAAGAGGAUGGCAUCAUCGACGACACCUACGCCGAAGGCACUGGUGAGGAAACAAUUCUUGAAGUCGACCAUAUCGCCGAGCGUCAACUCUGUCGCAAGUUCGACGUUCGGCUGAUGCCCGUUCUGGCCAUCAUGUAUCUCAACUUCAAGCCAAACCAGUAUAAUCUCCUGGUAUCAAUCUUCUUCGUGCCCUACGUCAUAUUCGCUCCUCCGACUGCCAUCCUCGGAAAGAAAUACGGUCCUGCGCGAGUCCUCCCAAUUCUCAUGUUUACUUUUGGAUCUAUGACUUUGCUGGCUGCUUGCACCCAGAACUUUGGUGGCAUGUUUGCCCUGCGAUUCUUUCUUGGCAUGGCGGAAUCUGGCUUCUUUCCGCUGGUCAUUUAUUACUUGACUACAUUUUAUCGAAGAGGUGAACUUGCGCGUCGUCUUGCGGUAUUCUACGCUGCGUCAAAUAUCGCGAACGCUUUUAGCGGCCUUCUAUCCUUCGGCGUCUUCCAAAUCGACUCCAAAAUCUUCGUCUGGCGAUAUCUCUUCAUCAUCGAGGGCUCAGCAUCAGUGCUCUUCUCCAUCUUUGCAUUCUGGUACCUCCCUCGCAGCGCAGCGCAAGCCAAGUUUCUCGGCGAAGAAGAAAAAGCGCUGGCUUUUCAUCGCAUGCAAGUCGACUCUUCGUCUGUUGUGCAGGAAAAGUUCAACUUUAAGGAUUCGAUCAAGAUCUUUACGUAUCCGACGACGUAUUGCUUUUUGUUAAUUGAGAUUUGUCUUGGUGUACCGAUUCAAUCGGUUGCACUGUUCAUGCCUCAGAUUAUCCAGCGACUGGGAUAUGGACCUGUCAAGACGAAUCUCUAUACUGUUGCGCCAAAUGUCGGUGGUGCUGUGAUGCUUCUUAUUCUGGCUUUCAGCUCCGAUUUUCUACGCAUUCGCUUCCCGUUCAUCAUGCUCGGAUUCGCCCUCACGUUCAUCGGCUUCAUCAUCUACGCCGCCAUCUCUGACGUCCAAGCUCAAUUACAAUUGGCAUACUAUGCAUGCUUCAUGAUGGUCUGGGGAACAUCUGCUCCCUCCGUUCUCUUAUCGACAUGGUACAACAAUAAUGUCGCGCACGAGGGCCGUCGCGUAGUUCUCACGUCAGUCGGCGUCCCCCUCGCCAAUCUCAUGGGCCUCGUAUCAAGCAACAUCUUCCGCGAGAACGAAAAGCCUAAGUACCCCACAGCUCUUAUCACGACUGCUUGUUUCGGUGCAUGUGGAUGCCUCAUUGCGGGUCUGCUUGGUGGGUAUAUGGUGCUUGAUAACAUGCGGCGGAAUCGUAGGGCGGGGAGGAAGACGACGGCUGCUGAUGUACCGACGAAGCGUCUGCGCGACGGGCCAGCAGUUCCCGAGUUUCGCUGGUUUUUGUGAGGGAGAUGGUGCUGUAAGGGGGGAAGAUCAGCACCCCGCAGCGGGUUUGGGAGAAGCGGGGAAAAUAACGCACUGUGUUGUGUCUGCAAUGUACUACGUUACCUUUGAACUGACGAUCCUGGUAUUGGAGAUAACGAUAAACAAAGGAGACCAGAAUUGAGGCCGAGAGAUAUCCCAAGUGUUACAGCAGUUAUCAGUAUUCUUUGUCCGUCUGUCCGUAUCAUUUCGAUCAUCAUCACCGCCAUCAUGUACUCUCCCAAAGUAGGCGACAGCAUCGACUCGCUCGACACCCCCUCCAUGAUCGUCGACCUGGACGUUAUGGAGGCCAACAUCAAGAAACUCAUGGACCGACUACUUCCAACUGGGUGCAACAUUCGACCUCAUCUCAAGACGAG